AUGACAGAUAAAGAUAAGAAAGGGAAGGGGAAGGGGAAGAAAGAGGAUGAGGAUGAGGAAGAGGCGGAGGUUAGGGCCCAGGAUGUCACGAACAUAAUAAUGGAUACAGAAGCUGUUAAUAAAAAGGUUCUAAAACUCGUAGGACACCCCCCUAGCAGUCAUACGAGGAAGAUGUGCCAUGUGCUGACUUCCGCCCAUACUUCUGCAAAGACUGUAUCCCGGAGCCCGGAACCAAUACACAGCAACGGCAUUGUGAGUGUGCCCAUGGGAGUAUGCGCAAUUCUGUUCAACAAAUACAGCGAGGGUGUGGCACAAAUCACGACGAGAUAUGAAACUGUUCGCACCGGUCCAGCAGACAGCGGAUGGUACGUUAUCGCUGUGGAUGAAGGGGAUGAUAUCAUGGGGUUUGCCCAGUUCUACUACUACUAUAAGCUAUGA